AUGACUGGACGUGUACUUGAAGGUGAUUGUUCGCAACCGCGUCCUAUUUGGACGCCGACAGUGCCGCACGAUCAGAUCCCCAUGAACGUCUACCGCGCACAUAUAAAUCGGAAAUUCAAUCAAAAUUUGAGCUCAUCCCAAGAGCUCCACCAAUGGACUGUUCAGAAUCUGCAGGAUUUCUGGAUCGAUCUCCAUCAGUAUACAGGGACCAUUCCAUCGUUGCCUCUGACGGUGAAGUCUUCUUUUGAUGCAUGCAUGCCAAUGGAGAAAAUCCCCGAAUUCUUUCGUGGUGCCACCGUAAAUUAUGCAGAGAAUGUUGUCUCGGGUCGUGAUUUGAACCGAACCGCUCUGAUCGGUGUUCGUGAAGGCCAGGGCUUGAAUGGCGAAGUUUGGACAUGGGGAUUGCUCCGAGAGAACAUCAGAAAGGCCCGAAGCGCAUUGUUGCACCUUGGCAUCCAAGAAGGGGAUCGAGUAGCCGCGAUAAUCUCGACGAGUGUAUGGUCUGUCGGUCUUUUCCUGGCCACUGCCAGUAUUGGCGCCAUUUGGACCAGUAUCGCGCCUGAUUUGGGUGUAGAGGGAUGUAUCUCACGACUGCAACAAGUUACUCCCAAGGUGCUUUUUGCGGACAGUGAGUCGACGUACAAAGGCAAGAUGCGGUCCAAUGUGCACAAAAUCCGGAAUAUCUUCGAUGAAAUGAAAGUCAAGCCUGAGAUCAUCUUGAUUCCAAUAAGUGGGACACACGAGCCGGCCUUUUCUAGCCUUGACAGCUUUCUGUCAAUGUCUCAGCCUAAUGAUGAGCUCGUGUUCCAGAGGCUGCCAUUUUCUCAUCCGCUAUACAUUCUUUACACCAGCGGCACGACGGGUCAGCCCAAAUGCCUUGUCCACAGCCACAGUGUAAUUCUGCAGCAUAAGAAAACAUCUGUGCUUCACAACUCCCUCACUGCCGAGGAUGUCGUAUUCCAAUAUAGUAGCACCUCAUGGGUGCUAUGGAAUAUCAUGAUCGGCCAUCUAUCGGUCGGCCCAACUCUGAUUCUAUACGACGGGUCGCCGUUGUGGCCGACUGCAAGGGAAAUGGUAAAGAUUGCAGAGUAUCAUCGCGUCACGUACUGGGGCUGUUCGCCCCGUUAUCUCCAAGAGCUGGAGAUGACUCGAUGUGUUCCAAAGAAGGAGUUUGACCUUUCAUCUUUGCGAAUGGUGCAGACGGGCGGUUCCCACUUGGGCGCCGACCAGUAUCACUGGUUCUAUCGCGCAUUUCCACCGGAGGUCCAUCUCACCAGUGUCACCGGUGGCACGGACUUGGUGACGUCUUGGAUCGGGACUGACCCUGCUGGUCCUCUCUAUCCAGGUGAAAUCCAGUUGCCAAUGUUAGGACAGGACGUGGAUGUGGCAGAUCCCAUUACGGGAAAGUCAAUCAAAUGUACCGGGAAACAUGGUGAGUUUGUCUGUCGUCAGCCUUUUCCAUCCAUGCCUGUGUUCUUCUGGGGCGACGAAGAUGGAUGCAAGUAUAAAAGCACGUAUUUCGACAAGUUUGAAGGCUGUUGGGCUCAGCAUGACUGGGCGAGCUACAACCCGCAGACGAAAGGAUGGCAAAUCCAUGGAAGAAGUGAUGGUGUUUUGAAUCCGCAGGGUAUUCGAUUCGGGUCCUCCGAUAUCUACUCGAUCACGGAGUCUGCCCCAUUCAACAAAUCGAUCUCAACCACACUGUGUGUGGGUCGGCGAAGGCCCUGUGAUACCGACGAGUCUGUUUUCUUGUUUGUGGUGAUGCAGCGUGGCAAUUCGUUUAGUGAUCAUCUUGCCCUCGAAUUCAGAGAUGCCAUUCGCAAGGGCCUGAGCAGCAAACACGUUCCUCGCUUCAUUAUCGGGGUCAAGGAAGUACCGAUGACAGUGAAUGGCAAAAAAGUCGAGACCUUAGUGAAGCAAGUCGUGUCCACUGGCGAACUGCCCACAACCAUCAGCAGCACGGUGGCCAACCCGGAGUGUUUGGGACAUUUUAGGCAGUAUUUCGAGUUGGAGGUGAAGGACAGAGCCAAGAUAUAG